ACUGGCGUUGACGCAGUGGAUGAUUGCAUUAUUGUUCUUGCUCCUCACUUCCUCAGCCAUCAGCUCCUCCGAUCUCUUGCCUGGUUUGCGCCGGAACUGUGUCGCCGAUUGUGUCCUCAAAGCAAAGCAACUUGGGGCAUCAGAUCAGAUCAGAUCCUGCUCGGCAGCUCCUUCCUCUGCUCUAAGCAUCGAUUAAACUCUAGAGAUCUUCGGAUCCACUGCUGCCGUACUGCACGCAGAAGCAUGCAUCAAACUCAAGAGAAAGCACCAAGCAGACAGUCAGAUCAGAUCAGAUCCUGCUCGUUUCUCUACUUGAAAGCUUCACUCAAGAGAUGUUCUGAUCUCGAUUCUCGGAUUCUCGUAUUCCUGCCGCUGGCUCAGAGUCAGAUUCCCGUCGUGUGUGUGGCCUCCUGCUUGUUUCCUGGCGCUGGAUGAGAAUCGGAUUCCCGCCGCUGUAUCAGAAAUGAAAGGCUUCGGGCGCCACUUCGUCCCAGGACGUGGUAGUUCAGUAUGUUAGAGGAGCUGCCCCCACUGGUCACUGCUCAGCUGUCAGCUCCUCUUGACCAUCUCACUACCAGGUCCACCACCACUAGAACGAACCACCGGUUCUUGUGUUCUCCUCCAUCAUCUCUGCCGCCGGCGACCUCUCUCCGCAGCUGUUCUUUUCUUGCUUUCACGCAGCACAAUCAAGUCCUGCUGGUUUAGUUUCUCUUCUUGGUUGGUAAGCAGCUAGCAGACGCUUCAGAGUCGCACAUCUUCCGAUGCGGUGCUACUCUGAAGAUCUUUGGAGUUUUCAUGCCAGUUAGUCAUCAGGGAUAUCUUCCUCUAGUUGUGUUCUCACAAUCAACAACUUGGGUGAUCAAAUCGAAUCCUGCUCGUUCCUCUUCUUGGUGGCACAACUCAAACAUAUAUCUUACGGUGGUACUGAAGAUUUCAACAACUAACACAACGGUUUGCAAGAGUCUUUUCAUGACGGUACAGUUAGCAGUUGGGAACAUAUAUUACUGCCGUGAGCCUGUGACGUUCCAUUUUCUAUUGAAUUGGAAGCUCAUAUAUUAACAUUAAAAACGGACUCUAGGGGACUCGACUAGAAAUCUCAAGGAGAUGGUCUUGGGUGCUGGCCAGGUAUGAUGAAUUGAUGAGUUGAGCUGGUCCAUACGUGCUCUAACAAAUCCACUCUGGAAUGGACAGCAGAGCUACUGAAAGUGAGAUACUGGAGUUGGAGAACAAACUGCUGCAUCCAACUGCAGGACCAAUUUCUGUGCCCCUAUACUACCUGAAAUUGAUGACACGUGAUUUUUGCAUUGAGCGAGAACUCGGCAGGGGUGGCUACGGAGUGGUUUACAAGGGCAUUCUCCGGUGCGGUUCAGUUAUUGCUGUCAAAAAGUUUAAUGAGAUAAUUCUGGCGGGUGAUCACCCAUCCUUCGAGAACGAGGCUUCUUUUCUGAUGGAUCUCAAACACCAAAAUAUAAUACAGCUUCUAGGGUACUGUGCUGAAUCAAAGGGGGUGAUGAUAAAGCAACCGACCGGGAAAGUCAUUGUUGCUGAAGCGCAAACAAGAAUGCUCUGCUUCGAGUAUAUGUGUAAUGGAGGCCUUGAUAAGCAUCUUUCAGAUGAAUCUUCAGGUCUUGAGUGGAACACAAGAUACAAGAUAAUUAGGGGAAUAUGCAGUGGUUUGAAAUACCUUCAUGGGCGCAAUAUUAUUCAUCUGGACCUUAAACCUCAAAAUAUAUUAAUGGAUACUACUAUGGUUCCAAAAUUUGCGGACUUCGGUUUGUCAAGGUUUUUGAGUGAACAGAAAUCCAAAACUGUCUCUUCAAAUUGCCGCGGAACCACGGGAUACAUGGCACCAGAAUACAUAGACAGGGGCAUAAUCUCAAAGAAAGCAGAUAUAUUCAGUUUGGGUGUCAUAAUCAUAGAGAUACUCAAAGGCUGCAGGGACGACUAUCCAGACCAUCGCCAAAGCACCGAAGCAGAUUUCCAGCACUUCACAGAGAAAGUGCUAAGUAAUUGGAGGAACAGAUUCGAAAGGUCAUCAAAGUAUACAUCACCGGAACUACAUACCCAACUAGUAAAACAGUGCAUCCACAUAGCCUUGGAGUGUGUGCACCCUGAUAAGGAGAAAAGGCCAGAUGUAUCAAAUAUAAUUGAAGAUCUUAAUGUAGCAGAAGAAAGUUGUUGUGUUCAAAAUGGCAAAGAUUUAUUGGUAGAACACCAGGUAUGAUAUCUUAUAGGAAAAAGGCUACAUAACACCCCCCCCCCAAAAAAAACUAUCUAGAGUAGAAUACUUCAUCCUCCAAACUAUAAAAUCAGAUAUUCUACCCUCUGAACUUUCAAAACCGAUCAAAUAACCUCCUAGAGUGG